UGCAUUUGCAUCGUGUCGGAUAUUGCCAAUCGCUGCUGUCGUGCACAUGCAAUAUUCGCUUAACGCAAACCGUCGCUUGCAUGAAUGUCGCCAUAGUAGUGCAUCUGUCAAUGAUCUGUCACUUUGAUAAUUGUAUACUGCAAAUCGGAGAAAUAUUUAAAGUUGUUAAUGAAUAGUGUAUAUUAGAUUUGUUGUAGUGAUAAUGUCCCAGUGUUUUAAUGAUAAUUAAUCGGUCGUGUUGGGAUAGAUUUGGUUUCGUUCGAAGCCAAAUUUUAUGCGAACUUGAACGAAAUACUAAGGUUAUAGUAGUAGUGUAUAAGUCGAUAAGAGGAGCAGCAGAUAAAGGCCAACUUAUAUUUCUCAACAAAAGUUAACUUUGCAAUGCGAAAAAUUAAGUUCGAAAUUCUCUAUUACUAAUGGAUGUGAUGGAGCUGAAAGUGUGGGUGGAAGGAAUACAACGUAUCGUAUGCGGUGUUACCGAGAAUACAACAUGUCAAGAUAUAGUAUAUGCGCUUGCUCAUGCUACAGCUCAAAGAGGUAGAUUUACCUUGGUGGAGCGUUGGCGAACCAAUGAACGUUUAUUGGCUCCUUAUGAAAAUCCUUCUAAGGUUUUAAUGAAAUGGGGUGAAUAUUCCUCAGAAGUUCAACUAAUUUUGAGACGCUCAGAAAAUAAUAAAACGUGUGCAUUACCAUCUCGAUUAACACAUACAUCACGUGUAAAUGCAUUACCAGUUUCAAUUGAACAUAGUACAGGCACCACUACUUUGCAAGAUGACAUAAAAAAUAUAUCAUAUACGCAAAGUUCAGAUUUUGAUGAUAUGCCAGGUGGAUUGGAAAGAAAUAGAGAUACCAGAAAAUCACUUACCUUUAGUGGACUUCAUGGAGGUAUUACAGAAGGCAGUACAGAGAUUCAAAUGGAAAAUGUGGCUGUAGUUCAACCAACACUACAUUUAAAAAAUAAGGAUUUAAAUAUACGAAAAAAUGUACAAAAACCUGCUCAAUCACCUACAAGAGGAGCUAAUGCUGAAACAACACAUUUGUCGCAAAAAAAGGUGCGCGAAGUCCCACCAUAUAGAGAGCCUCCAGGCCCAGCUUCACCACCAUUACGAACUUUACCACCAUAUCGAGAUCCACCUCCGCCGAAUUUAAACAGUCCUGGAAGACCUCAAUAUGUAUCUAGUAACAAUACAGGAAGUCCUCAUGUGCCCAAAGAGGAUCAGCCAUCUUCUAGUAAUUCCAUGAAAUUGAAAAGAAAUCUCAUCCAGGAAUUUCAAGAUACAAAAAUGCCCACACAGUCCGUUAAUUCACUUCCUGCCAUGGCACAAAAUAUGGCAACUGUUGCUUAUACUCAACGAUAUGUUGAACUUAUAAAACUAGUCAAUAAGCAACGAGACACUAUUAAUGCUCAACAAGCUGAUCUUACAAAAUUUGAUGCAGAAAUAUUAUAUUGGGAAACAAAGAACAAGGAACAAAUGCAUCAAAUGGAUUAUAUUUCCCAAGAAAUGAGUCGUAUGGAAUCUAAUGGCCGUAUUAUCGAGGAACAGCUCAAAGAAUUAGCUCAUGUAGAAGAAGAAAGUGAAAUAGUUAGGCAGCAAGAAAAAACAUUGAAGUCGGAAAUAACAUUGCUUAGAUCAAAGCUUGCCAAUUGUGAAACGGAAUUGCUUCAAUGUAAAAAUAAGAUUAGACUAGUUAUGGAAGAACUUGCAAUAGAGCAACAUAAUAUAAGUCGUGAAACAGAUGAACGGCAAAUUAUGGAACGGAAAAUAAUUAGUGAAGUGGAACACUUACAAAAUGAGGUAGAACAAGCUAAACGCGCAACCGAAUUAGCUUCACAACAUGCGGAAUCUCUAAAAUUAGAAGUAGUUAACUUGGAGUCAGCUAUUGUUGAAAAGAAGUUACAAGUAGAGAGAUUGGUAGCUGACAUGAAGGAGGCAAAUUUGCAAAGUUUAGCUGUCGCAUGUUCAGAUGAACAAGUCAAAUCUUUACUAGAAGGUGCCCAUAAACCUGGAAGUACUCGUAAAAUGAUAGGAUCACCAAGGCAAUUGGAAACUGCAGUGCCCACAAGUAAAAAUCCACAUGGUGUGUGGGUGUAAAUAAAAUAAAGCAGUAUACCCCUGACAAUGUGUGUGUGUUAUUCUAUGUGAGAAGUAUAUCAAAGAGUACAUAUCGAAAUAUUUCUAUAUGUUUAUGUUAUUUUAGUAAAUAGUUAAAGUAUUCUUUAUAUUCA